AGUAUGUUUUCCAGAAGCAUACGGUGUUUUUACACGACGCGGUCACUCUAUUCGCAACCCUCAUAGGAUUGGCAAAUUAAAAUUAAAAUUAGACGUUUGCUAGGAAAACAUGUAUUCAAAGGCGAAAUUUGUGCUCAUUUUCUUACUGGGUGUGGUGGCCAGCUGCUGGGGAUUCUUGGAGCAUGACAGCUGGAUUACAGUAGAGCUCCAGCACUCGCUGGCUGCCAACUCUGAAAGCUUCUCCUUCCGCGGGAACGUGACGAUUCCAAGCCUCAACUCUGGACUGGCCAAUGUGGAGCAACCAGCUCUGAGCAUUGUCGAUCUGGAUUUGCUAAAGAAACUGGCUUUAGGAAACGAGUUCUACCGCUUGAAGGCCACGGUGGUUUAUUCAAAUGGAGCUAAGGCGCAGUUCAUCACUUCCAACAAGGCUUGCCGUCUGUUGCAAGCCCAACUGAAUGACGUGCUUUGGGUGUCGCUUGAUCCCUCCGGAUACGUUACCGGCAUCACUGUGUCCCAGGACACGGCCCCGGCCACCGUAGAGUGCACCCAGGAAGACGUGAAUAAGCUGGUUGAAAAGCAAUUCAGCACCGAUGUGCUCAUUCGACACGCUGAACUAGCACCCGUGCCGGAUACUGCUGGCUUCAUUCAGAAGGUGGAGCGGGAGCGCGAAGCCAGAGAGCGCGGCGAGGUUCGGGAUAACCGCGGCUUUUUCGCCAAAUACUGGAUGUACAUCGUUCCGGUAGUUCUGUUGGUAUUCAUUUCGGGAGCCACCAAUCAGGACGGUGCGAAGUAGUUACCUGAAUGAUGUGGUGUAAUUUUUUGUUAGCAUUUUCUAAUUACAAUUCCUAGACAAUUUGGAUUUAGCAAUUAAAGCUUGUAAAAUAAAAAUCGAUUCAUGAGAUAUUUUAUUUUAAAUAUACGUGCCUUUGUGCAGAAAUAUC